AUGGCUUCAAUUUUUCGGGCUUCUCUCCGCCCGUUUUUUCGAGCUGUUGAUCAAACAUUCUUUCUAAGAAGCUGUCCCGUGCGUUGGAAAUCUGCAUCGUCACAAGCUCAGGUGAAGUUAAUAAUUUUAAGAAAACGGAUCAUGAAUCGAAUGUGUAGUUAUAUUAUCACUUCUUAUUCCUGGCUUUUCUUCAGAAUUUUUUGCAAGGUGAAGGUCACUGUUUCGACUCCUUACAAGAACUACGACGUCAUGUAUUUCCAAAAUAUGACUACUCCUAAAAGGAUCGAUUAGGAAGACGUGUACGUGCAAUGUCACGAGCAUUUUGUCUGAUCGAGCUACAGUAACUUUCUUGGGUUAGAUCUUUAUCCAUUUCGGGGUGCACGAUGUCAUCAUUUAAGAAGUUCCUUUAAGGGGAUCUUGGAUUUCCUUUCUUCUCUCGUGUUUAUUCCGUAAACCAAGCGUGUGAACUGUUUCUUGUUUUUGUUUGGUUCAAAUGAGUUUUUUUUUUCAUUGUUAUACAGUGUUACAUCCUAUUGGAACGAUCUAAUUUUUGUCCGCAAACCUCUCCUUCCCUGUCUAGUAUAUGUUAUGAUUCAAAACCAUUAGUUUUUAGGUACCAUUUUGAGAAGUUAAAGCUGAUCAGAAAGGAUUAAUCUCCUUAGACACGUGUGAGAAAAAAGUAGGAAGGGUCAAAAUUUUGAAAGCUUGUUUAUAACCAAACAAUUUGAACUCUCCUUCUCCAAAAUCAUAAAGCAUAGCGAAACAGGGGAAAACCAUAUUUAAAGAAAGCCAAUAAAUUUUCAACCCAAGGAUGAUAUUAAACCAAACUGAAUUUUGUAAACAUCCAAUCUUUUUUAAUGUUAGAGAAUAAUAUUUAACUCACAGGUUAGUUAUGCAGGCAUCAACGAUGACAUAAGAGGAGCCUUUGAGCAAAUAGUAGGUGGAAAAAAUGUUUCAUCUGCAAUGGUUGUAAGGGAACAACAUGGGAAAGAUGAAUCACACCACAAAUGUCAUCCUGCGGAUCUUGUUGUGUGGCCAACUAACAGAGAACAAGUCAUCCAAGUGGCCAAGCUCUGUAAUGAUUAUUGUAUUCCAUUGAUUCCUUUUGGAUCUGGAACAGGCCUGGAGGGAGGUGUUGUUGCAAAAAAGGUGCCAAAUAACAUUUUUUGAUUCCUUUUGGCCCUUUAAACCCUGACCAGGAACUUACAGUAAGGUCUGAAUCAUUCACUAAGAUCAUGAGAAUAAAGGAAAUGCUUGCCAACUUAAGAAGCGUUGAUAUUCAAAUAAAUUCAAUUUGUCAGUACCAAAAGAAACAUAGAGUAGAAUAUGGAUACUGAACUUAGUGUGUAAAGGAUUAAAGAAACAAUGUUACACCUGCAUCAGUUCUGUAUCUAUUCCUGAUAUUCCCAAUACACAAGUGCAUUAAAAUUUCAGAUCAAGUUCUGAGAAACUGUGCACCUAUCCCCCUCCCCUCCCCUAGCCCAAUAACUGUGCAGUUGCUAAGAUACUGACACUGAUCCAAUCUUUUUGACAAAAUAUAUAUUUUUUUGUUGGAGUUUGUCCAGUAUUUCCCUGGGUCUGUGGUCUUAACCCUUUUACUCCCAAAAUCUUAUUUUUAAUUCUCCUAAGUGUCUGCCAUGAUCUCAUAAUUGAUGUUAUUCUUUAUUCUCAUCACAUUUUUGCUUGAUAUUUUAUUGAUAAUGUAAGGAGAAUUUCUGCCUUUGUCACUCAUUGGAGUUAAAGGGUUAAUAGAAUUUGAUUCAGGACUUUAUUGAAAAAACUCAGCCAAUUUUACAUUCCUGUUUCUCUUGUGUCUCUACCAAAAAAUUGAACACUUCAAGCAUUUCUUCAUCAUUUCAGAUUGGUUGAUGAAAAAUCCUGAAUAUUUUGUCUUCUUUUUCAGGGUGGUGUCAGUGUUGACAUGACAAAAAUGAAUGAAAUUCUUGAGGUGAAUGCAGAAGAUUUUGAUGUCACAGUACAAGCAGGUGUUACAAGGAAUCAGCUAAACAAUUAUGUGAGGGACACAGGGCUGUGGUUUCCUGUUGGUAUGUAACACUGUUACAGCAACUUUUUUCAAUAUUUAAAUGUUUUUACAGAGGUGGAGGUGAAUAGUGGAGGAUAUUUACCCAGCCAUUAAGAGGUGAGGUGAACAUCAACCAUUUUUACAGACACUGAGUUGAAUAAUUGUUUCAGUAUAUACUACACAGAAGCCAAAAGAUCAGUUUAUUUUCAUUCAUGUACUGAAAAGAGGUUAGAAAUUGAACUUGUGACACAUAAUUAUGUCUCUUUGGCUGCUCUGUGAAUAGGUGAAUAGUAUGUGGUAACACUUACAAACUUAAUCUGUUCAGUAUGUGCAGAAAGAACUUCUUACCCGUGUGACUUAUACUAAUUCUAAGAUAGAUUAUAAUUUAUUUCUUUCUUCUUUUUUGGCUUUUUUGGCUUUUUAUAACUGAAUCAUUUCAUGUUUAGAUCCAGGAGCAGAUGCCAGUUUAGGUGGUAUGGCAUCUACAAGUGCAUCUGGAACAAAUGCAGUCAGGUAUAAAGAGAAUUAUUUUGUGGCUAGACAAAAAAAUUUAAAAUGGAACUGAAUAUCAAAUUAUCCAUGCAAUAUUCACUGAAAACCUGAGUAAUCAAUUUAGGUGGUAAAUGUUCUAUGUGGUUGCCAAAUGACAAAAUGGAAGGCAACCAUUUUGAAAUGUACUGCACCUGCUAUAAUCACCUCACACAAGGUGAUUAUUGUGAGAUAUGAUGCAAAUCUUGACCAAUCAGAGCAUGUGUGUCUCUAUAAUCACUGAAGCAAUUAUACUAAAAAUAAAAAAUAAAGUAUUUUGCCAGUUUAAAAGUUAACAAUAAUCUGAUAUUGCUUACUAUUUUCAAUAUUUUGAAAAGGUAUGGGACCAUGAGAGAGAAUGUUAUGAACUUGGAAGUAGUUUUAGCAGAUGGAAGAGUUGUCAAUACUGCUGGAGAAGGGCGAAGAACUAGGUACACUGUUGGCUUAAGUUCACUUUACUUAAAUGUACUUAAUAUUUAAAUUGGCUUAGAGUGGUGACAGGGAGGUCUUUUAUGUCUCUCGUAAAGAGACACUAGGAGCGUUAGAUAACAACUGAACUAAUCUCACUUGCUUCUCCACUGCAGAAAGACAUCAGCUGGAUAUAACCUGACAAACUUGUUUGUGGGCUCUGAGGGUACCUUGGGAAUUAUCACAAAAGUGACACUAAGGUUAUAUGGGAUACCAGAAUCGGUAUGUGCAUGUAAUAACUUUCUUAAACUAGUUUCUGGUGCCUACCCCUCUACUCCCAGGGCUCUGUAUGCAUAUUCUCAGUACUGUUCUCUAUAAGUUUCCCAAGGUGCUGACAAGGAGAAUUUAUGUAAUGAUUAAGAGCUUCUAUUUUUGCUGAUCAUUUCCUUUAUUCUCAUGAACUUAUAUUGGAUUCAGGGGUGAUAUUGUGAGGAGAAAUUAGAUGGUAGUCACUCUAAGGGGUCAAAGGACGAAGCAUAGUGAUGCAAACUGUUUCAAUAAUAUGUUAGGGAAGCUUCAAACUCACAUUUUUAGUGAUGCUUUUGGGAAAACAUUUUAAUAACUGUAUGGAUGGAAUCUUUGGCUGUAGAUUGUAGACCACAGCGCUCUCCUUGAAUAAUAGUACUGGGAGAAGUAGAAGGCUGUAUGGACAUUUAUUUUAUUUUUCUGGGUACAAAAUUACUUAUUGUGUAUAUUGUUUUUCUCAAUUUGUAUAUGUGAAUUACAGACAGCUUCUGGAGUGUCAUCAUUUUCUGACGUCAAGUCAGCUGUGGAUGCUGUGGUAGAAAUUCUACAGAGUGGCAUUCCCAUGGCUCGUAUUGGUAAAUUGACUUUAAACCCCUAAAUUUUUAUAAUUUUAGGCCUAUUUAUUGAUGAAAAUUGUUAGGUUUUUAAAAAUAAUUACCCUGUCUUUUAAGAAUUAUAUGAGUCAGUUGUUUGAUUGCUUCCAAAACUCUUGGCUCUGUAGCACAUUCCUAGAGCUUCUGAUCAUUAUGUAACUGAUACUUGCUUCAACCUUUUGUCAACUAUUUUGGAGUGCUGAAUGUUUGUCCCUACAUCUAGAUCCUAAUCAUGCUGUCAAAUUGAGUUCUUUGUAGGUUUUAAAUGGACUUUUUGUUGCCUUUUUCAUGUACAGAGUUUCUUGAUGAUGUGCAGAUUGAUGCUUGUAACAAGUUCUCAGGACUGAAUUACCCUGUAACUCCAACACUGUUCUUGGAGUUUCAAGGGUCAGAGAAUGGGGUCAAGGAGCAAGCCUCUGUCGCAGGUCAGAUGAGAAGCUGACAUUAACCCUUUAACUCCCAAGAUCUGAUUGUUAAUUCUCCCAUCCAGCUGCUACACAUUUCCUUGUAAAUUAGUCGCGUUUGGCGUUAGAUCAAGAUAACAACUACCUGAUAAGUUUGAGUAUUCUCAUUACCUGUUUUCUGGAUAAUGUAUGGAUAUUAGGACAAGGUACAUGUUAAUCCCUUCUGGGAGUUAAAGGGUUAUUACAGGUCUAUGUGCAAGCAUACAUACUUAAUUUAUUUUUAAAAAAGGAAAUUUUAUAUGAAGUCUAAGGACAUGGUAAAGUUAGUUACGUACGUUUCAGGGCUAUUUUUCCUCAAUUUGUUUGGAAAAUGCUUAGGAAUUACCAGUAGCAAAGUGGACUCUAUAUCAAGUGGAUCUGAUAGUGUCUUGGUGUGGGUCAUCAUGUUGUAUUCUUGAACAAUGCAUUUUACCCUCACAACGUCUCUCGAAACCCAGGAGUAGAAUGGCUGCUGGUAAAUUGUCUAGGAAACUUGACACUAACUGAAACUUAUAAGUUAUAACCUCUCGUUCUACUCAGGAGGACUACUAGAGAUGCUGCUGCUUGCGCUGAGCUACAGAAGCUGAGAUAUUAGCUGCAGCUGUAAUUGGCCACUAAGUUUGCCUGACAUACAUGUACAGUGUAACACUUUUCCUUCAUGUGCUGUAGGUGAGAUUAUUGAAAGUAAUGGUGGGUCUAAGUUCCAGUGGGCCACAGAAAUUGAAGAGAGAAAUAAAUUGUGGAAGGCACGACACAAUGCAUGGUAUGCUGACAUGGCUCUUAGACCUGGUUGUAAGGUUAGAGUGAAACAUCAGUCUCAUCUACUUCUUGAAGUUUCUAGCAUAGAUCUUUUUAUCUUAAUUACUUUACACCUUCCCUCAUUGUCAAUAUCUAAUUUCGCACCAAUAGAUGCAGGCAAGUUGUGUAUUUAAAUUUUUUUUCCAAAUGGUGCCAUGGUGAUGUACUUAGUGUAACUUUAAGCCAUUUCUUUCAGAGUUGUAUUUGUUUCCAUUCUUUUUCAGGGAGUUUCAACAGAUGUCUGUGUACCCAUCUCACGACUGCCAGAGAUUAUCGUGGAAACUAAAGAAGAUAUCAUGGCUUCUAACUUAAUUGGUGAGUUUCACAUGAGUAUGAACCUGCCUUGCCCUGCCCCCCCCCCCUACACACCUUAACUUCCAGGAAAAGUAGUAUCUGUUGCUCGUGGUUAAUAACACUGUACUCGUUCAUUUCUAGCCCCUAUUGUUGGGCACGUGGGCGAUGGAAACUUCCAUUGUUUUAUUCCCGUAAAACCGGAUGACGAGGAAGAACUCCGGGUAGCGAAGGAAUUCACCCUCAGAUUAGGAAGGUAAGAACACUCUGGAUUAAAGAUUGUCCUUGUCUUUUCUAUCUAGCUCCAAUUGUUGGACAUGUGGGAGAUGGAAAUUUCCACUGUGUAUUGCCUCUUGACAUGGGAUGUGAAGAGGAAGUGCGGAAAGCGAAAGGUUUUAUUGAUAGACUAGCCAGGUAGGUCCCAGGCCAAAUUCUUGUGUUGCGCGAUACAGGCAAUCCACCUUGGAAUACUCCUUGGAGUACGUUGAAGAAUCCCUACUCUUACAAAGUUACAGAAAAAACGAAGUUUUCAAGCCUGCAGUGCAGGCGUAUUGUUAGUGCGAGCUAAAGUUGUAAGCUCGCGAUCGUUUAUCCGAUCGGCCAUGUUUGAUUUGAGGUUUGAGUGGACGGUGGGGGUAGUGUAAUCUUCACUCGGGCGAUAGACGGGUGAUAAACAGCUCUUUCGCCUGACAUCACCGCUAUUUUGCGCACCCGGUUUUUUGGGGGGUUUUUUUUUUGCCCGCUUUUUCGCUCACUUUUACUAACUAAGAGGCUAAAUGACUGUGAACAGGAUAUGAUAUAUUCUUCACGGUACCAAAAUUUCUCUUUCUUCUGUCACCCAGACGAGCCCUUGCCAUGGGAGGCACGUGUACUGGAGAACAUGGUGUUGGGUGUGGCAAGCAAGCUCUGUUACCUGAAGAGAUUGGUGCAACGGGUGUGCAAGUCAUGAAAGACAUAAAGAACUUGUUCGACCCGAAUGGGAUUAUGAACCCUGGAAAAGUAUUCAUAUAAAAAAGGCGAUCUCUCGUGUUACACACAACGAAACAUAGAAACAAACUAAAGUUAUACAUAAGCAUAAACGAGAGGAAAUAAAUGAGUGAUUACCAGUUGUUUUAAACUGGAUAAAUGAUCGCUGAUCACUAGACUCCGUUCUGAGUAUAAGUUAUACCUCUUACUAAGUAAUUCUUCUUUUCUUUCUUAUCCAGCAAAAGUUACCAAACGUGAAAUAGAUUUAAAAAUUACGGAAGAGAUAUGCAUAUAGUCAGAGAGGUGUUGUUUAAAAUUAGUGUCCGUAAAUCAACUGUGUAACUUUUGUGUUCUUUAUAGGGGUAAAUGUUUUCUAAGUUCCGAAAUGACUAUCAAUUGAUUACUAGCUACCGUAAUUUCAAGGCGACUAAGUUAACUUUUUAACUCCCAAGAUCUCAUUAGUAAUUCUCCUUACUGUCUGCCAUACAGUUCUCAUGAUGUUAGUUUGGAGAAUUUGGUAUUGGAUCAGCUUAUAAUCCCCUAACUGAUAUUUUUCUCUAUUCUCAUCACUUGUCUGCUUGAUAUUGUAAUGAUAUUGUGAGGAGAAAUUCUGUCUUGGUCGUUCAUGGGAGUUAAAGGGUUAAAAGGUUUAUGUUAACCAGCGCACAAGAAUCGAAAGAAAUGGCUUUUUUCCGUGAAGCUUUUGUACACUCAAAUGGUUAUCGCCUUUAGAAAUAUGUAAAAAAAAAAAACAAAAGACAAAAGCAAACAAACAAACGAAUAUUUAAGUACUCUAUUCAUCCUGGUGACAGAGGGGAAAAGAAGUUAAUUUCGAACCCUGGUGUUUUAUUUAGCGGUUGAAAAUUGUAAGAUUUUUUUCUUCGAAUGUGUAACGUCUCGCAUAUAAAACGAUAGUGCGGGGGGAGAACGAGAGGGGUUUAUAAUCAGUUUGUAAUUAACUCACUUAUCUUUCGAUUUGUGCAGAGGUAGUUGCAUCGUAGAGUUAAAAUUAUUGGAUGGAACAAUAAUUCUAUAAGAUUAAAAUGAUUAGUUUUUUACUGAGUAUGUGAGC